GGUCCUUAUGCUCCAAAAAUGUACCCUACAAGUACGAGUUUGCAGAGAAAAUAUCUAUACGAUAUAGGUAUAAAUCGUGUCCCAGUCCAUGUGUCACCCUAGUGACCGUUCUGAGACUCAGCAGCGGCCUCAUCAGCAGCAGCAGCAGCAUCGCGGAUGUUUAAGGUAACCGCAGCAUCCCGACCAGCAAAUCUUCACAGGGUGCACAGUGUCGUGUUCCACUUUCCAGAUCAUAGAGUCUGAUCCGCCGACCAUGACUCUGCAUUCUCCAUUACUGGCAGCAUGCAGCCUGCUGGUGUUUUUGUCAUGUAUGGUCGGACUGACUGCUGCAUCAACGGGCUACCAUAAACCAAGCUUUCUGGAUUUUGACUCCUGGUGGUAUCACACACCCCGCGGCCCUCAGAUAUUCUCCUGCCUUAGUUACUUGGAAAGGAUUGUGCGUGUGGAUUGCGAGUUUCCAAAAAGCGACAAGAUCCCUGGGCCGUUUUGCGAGUUUAAACAGGAUGGACGCCUGAUGGGCACCACGAACCCCAACAACCCAGUGCACCUCAUCCCACCCAUAGAGACCAGACGUCGUUCAAAUGUGACACUGGUGCCACCAAACAUCUGCCGUCUCACCUGGAUGCCUAUGUCAGAUGACCGGGCAUACACUUACACCUGCAGGGUAUAUCAGGGAAGCACCUGGAAAGAGAAUAGCAUGUCCUUUAACCAAAGAAAUCUGCUGGUUUGCUCUGGUUUGAAUAUAGUAGCCCACACUGCACUUUGGAUUCUUUCCAUUACCAUCUCAGUUCCUGUCUCUCUGGGGCUUCUGUCAGCGUGAUCAGCACUGGUUUUUCAACAUACAAAUCAGCAGACAUUGUGGUGUCCUUGUAUGGUUCUAAUGAUAAUCAUAUUCAAAACAGACUAUGAAAAACUGAUUCAACAUUUUUAUUUAUAUCUUACUUGUGUAUCAUCAUCUCUGUAUUUUGCUUUACAUCAUAACCACCUACUAGAAAACUACUUUUUAUUUUAGAUCCACAACGACAUCAUUUUGUCUAUGAAAUAUUCUUAGUCUAAAAAGAACACAAAAAAAGGUCUCACCAACUGCUUACCUGAGACCAGAGAUGGCAAAAGUACACAUCCUUCACUCAAGUAGAAGUACAGAUACUUAUGUUUUAAAAGACUCUGUUAAAAGUUGAAGUACUGACUACACAUUUUCAAUCAAGUUAAAGAAGUUUGG